UCACAUGAAUAAGCGUAAGCCGAUAAUUUUUUUUCCCAAUGAGGUUCGAGUUUCAUGUGACGAAUGAAAUUCUAUUUCAUUAACAGAAAACAGAUAAGUCCCUGAAAGGCGUUUAGACUUUAGUUACUCUCAGGCAAGCGAUAACGAUUGGAAAAAGUCGUGAAAAAUUUAUAAAAAGUUUAAGAAAAAUGGCUACAGGUGGGAUUUUGAGUAUAACCGAAGUGAACGCCUUGCAAAGUGAACAAUUUGAAUGGCUUUUUGGAAAUGUAAUCGAACACUGUCCUGAAGCUGCAAAAAAAGUCGCUUCGAAAAGACCUUUUGCAACUUGUGAAGCCCUAAAAAUUGCCUUCGACAAUUAUUUAGAUACACUUAAAACUGCAGAAAAGGAAAUUAUUUUACAGAAGCAUCCCGAGUUGGCAGGCAAGCUUCUCGAUGAAGGAAAACUCACUGGAGAAUCUCAAAAUGAGCAAAAAUUAGCGGGACUCGACUGUUUGAGCAAAGAGGAAAGACAAACUUUGAGUGAUUUUAACAGCUUAUAUAAGGAAAAAUUCCAGUUCCCUUUUGUGAUCUGUGCUCGAGAAAAUAAAAUGCAGACUAUCCUCUCAGCAAUAGAAAUUCGCGUGGAAAAUUCCAAAGAAGAUGAAAUUAAUUUAGGAAUCGAAGAAGUGAAAAAAAUCUGCAGGAUACGAGUUGGGGAUCUCGUCUGGCCUGACAAAUAGAUUUUCUUUUCCCUGAAAACGCAACAAUCGAAAUCUUCCAAAAAUUAUAUUUUUAUAGCGAAAUUUUGAUUAUCUAAAUUUAAAAUCAAUUUCUCUCAUCAAUGCUCAAAAUUCUUUAUCCAAAUUUUCUAAAUUUCUGUCUAAUAUAUAAAAAUGUCGCAAUUAAGUUAAAUAUUAAAAGACAGGAAAAAACUUGGAUCUAGUUAUUUUUAAAUUAA